GCAGAGAUUUUUGAUCGUGUGACGUUACACCAAGACGUAAUUCAAAUUUUUAUUAGCAUUUUGGUGGUACCGAUUAUGGCAUCAGAAAAAAAAAUUAGUAGAACGAUUUUGGCUCGCAAAAUGCUUCAACAAUUUCUUGAGGGUGAUGCAACUUUUGAGAAUUUUAUUGCGAAAGAUAUGAAAAUAACAGAUACAAAUGCUGAAUCUCAACAAGUCAAUUCAUGGAGGAGUGAUAGCAUCAUUAGUCGAUUUUGUGGAUCGUUAGCAGUAUCAACCAAAGGAGUGCGUCUUACACGAGUUAGUACGGAUAUAAAUGUUUCAUAUAUCACAUCAGUAGGAUAUGGCGAUACUAUAUUUGUGAAUGCUGAAUGUGUAAAACUUGGUAAAACACUUAUAUUCACGACUGUAGAUGUGCAUAAUAAAGCUGAUGGAGGUUUAAUAGCCCUAGGUAGACACACUAUGUUAGUUACUAGUACUUAUGAUGACUCUGAAAAUGAAUUUAAGAAUGAAGACGCAAAGUU